AUCAGUCGUGUACUGUCGUACAAAAAAUUUGACACAGUCUUCAAAGGAAAGAGAAAGAAUUUGGAACGAAAUUGAAGAACAAAAAGUGAUUUUUGCCAAGAAAUAACGUAAUCUACGGCGACAAAACUAACUACAAUGACCGAGAAACGUAAGACUAAAAAGCGCAAGGAGGAGUAUGGUGAGCCAACGGAGUCGGAGAAGCCCACCAGCGAGGAAUACGCAGUGGCGAAAUGGUUGAAAGCGAACGUCCCCACAAAGAAGACCAAGUUCUUGAAUCAUCACGUCGAAUACUUCACAGGCACGAAAGCUGUGGACGCUCUCUUGACAUCAAAAUGGGCAACCGGCAAGAAUCCCAUUUUCACCACCCGACACGAAGUAACAGACUUUCUUCACCAAAUGCUCCUGCACAAAUUGUUCCACAGAGCUAAAAAGGUGCCAGUUAGUGAGCAAGAAUUAAAAGGCAAAUCUAAAAAGAAAGAAAUCGAAAAGACCAGCAAAAGCGGUGACGAGAAAGAUGGUGAGAAGAGUCAGGCCAGCGCUUGCGAGGGCAAGGAUUCCAAAGACGGCAAAGAGAAGGAGAAGAAGAAACGCAAGAUAAGGCUGGAGAUGCACCUGGAGCAGGUGUUCCUGGACACUGCGGACGCGUACGUGUGGAUAUACGACCCGAUGCCCUGGUACUACUGGCCCUGUGGAGCUCUGGUUGUGUUCGGAACUAUCGGCGUUUGUAUGUUCCCGUUAUGGCCCGCUACCGUCAGAUUGGGCGUGUACUACUUGAGCAUCGCGGCGGCCGCGUUCCUGGUGCUGAUCAUAGUGCUGGCGGUGGUGCGCGUGGUGGUGUUCUGCGCGGUGUGGGCCGCCACGCUGGCGCGCCACCACCUGUGGCUGCUGCCCAACCUCACGGAGGACGUCGGCUUCUUCGCCUCCUUCUGGCCGCUCUACAAGUACGAAUACCGUGGGCCCGGUUCGGAAAGCGACAAAGCCUCAAAGAACAAGAAGAAACGCAAGAAAGACAAACAGUCCGACGACGAGACGGAAAAGACGCCUUUAUUACCCGAUACUGAACCGCCUGAACACGAAACUGAACCUGUCGAUAAUAAGGAGGACAUACCAAUCGUACAGAGCACAGACAAACUCUCUGAGUCAGAGUCUGAGAACAGUCAGCGUUCGUCGACAGAUCGAGAUUUCGAAAUCGUCGAGGCGGACGAUGUAGAACCAGACCCCAAAGACGUCACCACUUAGGCCCCGCAAUAAUUCAACGCUGAUAUCGAGUAUACUUUGGAUCGUUUGCACAAAGCCUGUAACGUGUAACAGUAUUUAAAUUACAAGUGAGAUUUUGUAGGGAAAAUUGUUGUAAGUCUUGACGUUUUCUUUGAGUGGCGUGUGUGUUGAACGUUGCCGUAGACAAUAAAUAUAUAAAUUA